AUGGUGGUGGCGGCGGCCACAAAGACAGAACUCACCAAAGAGAGCCAUGCCGUUCAUCCUCCUAACAGGGAGUCUCUGGCGAUAGACAGUCCUUGCAUCUUUAAGUGGAGGUUUUCUUUUUCACAGAUUCGAAGUGAUUCUUCUCAGGUAGUUAAUGAAAACCUACCCGAGAUUCUUGCCAAAGCAUCAGAGAUGAAGCAGAUAUACAAAAAGAUUGAUAAGUUAGAGGCCUUUGUCAAAAUGGUGGGAAACAGUGUAGCAAUAUUGGAAGAACAAGUCACUGAAGCUGAAACUGAAACAGGACCUUUUCCUACCACAUUCAGAAAAUUUAUGCGUUCGAUUAGUAAAAUGUCUUCUCCAAAGCGAAAGCAGCCUCAUUAUGAAUCUGCACCCAUCUUCCGAACAGAAGAUUAUUUUCCCUGUCGCAAAGAACAGCCAGAAACAUGACCACCUUAUUGUUUUCUGUAAGUGGGUGUAAAAAUCCUUUGUGCUGGAGCUGUUGAGCCUUAGAAGAUGGGGAAACAAUAAGCUAAAAGUAUUCACAAAUGACUACCCUUGGCAGUGGUAGUGUGUCAUGGAGCAUAAUCGGAAACAUAUUCACAGAUACCUGGAACUGACAUGCAGUGUUAUGAAAAUAAUUUCCAUGUGAUAGACAAUUGGAAUUUGACGCAUUAUUAUAAAGCAACAUUGUACUGUCUUUGUAUAGUUGUACAUUGACAUUAUUACAGCUUGUGCAGUAAUUCAUUUGAAGUCUUUUUUUAUCGACUGAUUUGGCUUUCUGUAGUACCAGCACUUGUUCCGCAGUGCAGAAUUGUUUUAUUGACUGAACUAGAGCAGUGGCAUUAGAGAGUUCAUUCCCUGGCCUUUCAGCAAAACAUUAUUGUCUGCAGUUAGCCACUCAGUAAGUAUUCCAAAUCAAAGACCAUAUGUGAUUCUCAGAGGAACCUAAUGGAAUUUUGCAUCAUAUUGCCUGACUAGAAACUGAAGGUAUAAUUACUUAAAAGGUGCAGACAUGAACUGCAGCAGCUGAUAUGCUGUUUGUACAGUUGUUUUUGAUAAAAUUCUUGAAACACAGAUUACUAGGGGUAGUACAUAGCAAUAAAAUGGCAAUUGUUAAGCGAGAUUUAAUACUUUUCUUCCAAAAUAAAUGGAACAGUGCAAUGUA